ACCAUUGGCUGGAAGUUGGAGUCUAACAACAUCUGGAAAGUCCCCCCCCCACUGCACUGUAAAUCACGUUUUUUUGGCACCACUUUGGGUGUAAGAUGAUCCCUGGAGAGUGUCUUUUGUCUGUGCUGAUGCUUCAAUGAGUGGCUGAGACCUGGGUGAGUGUAUGGCUCCAGGCAGGGCAGAGCUGGUCUGGGAGCAAGAAAAAUGCCUCUCCCUCUGUCUGGGAUGAACAUCCUGAAUCAGUCUGCCCAUGUAAGAAUAGUCCCCCCCCCCCUUGGGAUUGUGACACAGCACACACACACACCCUUCCUUGUCUCCUGUCAGGUCUUUUUUACUUUCUCUCUGUCUCUCUCCUCAACCCUUAUUUAUUCCCUCUCUUACCCAGAGGAGGGCUUUCCGAGAAGGAAGUGAAUAGCCCUUAUAAGGCACUAUUUGUUUUCUUUCCAGGCACCUGCCAGGGGGGUCCCUGUCAAGCCAAAGAAUUUUCCACGCCCAUUAGCCCUCCUUGUACUCAUUCCCACUGGCUGGGCCCAGCUGUAAAGGGGGGGGAGGAAGAGGUUGUGAAGGGGGGCGAUGAGAUCAUCCCACAAGGAGGAUAUAAAAGUUUGGGUUUUGGGCUUCGCAAGAGGCCACCACUUUGCUAGUUCCCGGCAGGCCAGCGCAAGGAGCUCUUGCUUAUCAUUUCCACGGAUACCACAGAUUGCUCCUCAGCCUUGAGGCGGCAAUUAUUGUGCCCCCAACCCCCCCCAAACGGGCAGCUUUUGAUACACACACACCCCAUUUCAGCACCACAGGCUUUUGGUCCUUGCCUGGUGGGUCCUGUUAUUCCUGAAAACAGCUCCAUCGUAGUUCUUUCAUCGAGGGGGGUUCCUGCUACCUUCCAUCCUUUGGGUAAUAACUUGUUGCAGAGACCCUUCCCCCGGCAGCCUGUUGCCUAGCAACCAAAGGCAGACAUCCGCCAUCCAGGAGCCAUGGAAAUCCCAGGGCUGUUUCUGGUAGCGGCCUGGAUCCUGACCCUCUGCCCCCAGGCAUCACCAACAAGCAUGGGGCACCCUUUGCCCGUGCCCCUGAAAGAGAACCCCCUCUUCCCGCAUCCCUCAGGGAGCAAUGCCCCAGCGGUGAGCAAAGACAGGACCUCAUCGCCUGCUCCGGUCAAACCUUCUCUGGAUUAUCCUGACGAUCAACAUUACGACGAUUACGACUACCCUCUGACCUCAGAGCCCCAGACGCCCGGCCUCCCGCAGCCGCCCUAUCACCUUUGCAAAUACAACCCUUGCCAGCACCUCCAAGUGCCCUGCGCGGAGCUGAGUAGGGCUAGCGGGUGCUUGUGCCCGGGGGUCACCGGCCCAGAUGUGCCCCCCGAGCCGCCCCGCCUGCAGAUGGUCCACACGAGCGAGGUGGGAGCGAGCAUGCGCUGGUGUGCGCCUUCUUCCACAGUGCAGGAAUAUCGCUUGCACUAUCAGCUAGUCGGCGGCGACUUCCUCUCCGGCCCGGCCCUCAACAACACUUUCCGCUUGGCGGCUGUCUCAGGGUUGCUGCCAGAUCACGAGUACCUGUUCUGCAUCGUGGCAUCCAACCGGGCCGGAUCCAGCCCCACGGACGAUGGCACCCAGCAGCAUGGGCCAUGCCGCCUCAUCCGGACCCCUGCCCACCAAAUGCCCUAUGCCUACAUAGCUGCGGGGCUGGCUGCCACCCUCAUCCUAGUGGUCAUCUCCGCCUUGGCCUGGCAUUUCUGCGUCCGCAACAGGAGGAAGCAUCCUCACCGCGGGUCGAUGGACAACAUCCUCGACGCUGAGCCAGGCCUGGACGGAGCUGCAAACAGCUCUUUCCGCAGUGAGGAGCAGCUCUGAGCAGGGUGUUGGCGUCUACUGGCAAGAUGGCAUCUCUGUUGCUUCAGAGUUCGAGCCUCUGUUUCUUUGGGGGAGCUUCACUCGACGCCAUUGCCUUUAAAAUGCUGUGUUAGUUGCUGCCUCCAGGGUGGAAGGGGCAGCAAUUUUGUCUUAUCCAGGCCUUCUUUUCAGCCGGAACUCUCCGGAACUCAGUUCUGGUACCUCGCAGGUGGGCACCAUUGCCAUUAUAAGAGAACAAGUGAGGCAUUCAUGGUGGGUUCCAGCACCUCUUUUUCUCAGAAAAAUAACACUGGUGCCAUCUAUGCUGUCUACACAGAGAUGGCAACGGUUUUCUUCAGAGAUGUUUUCUUCAAAGGCUCUGUCGUUUUCGUGGACCUUCGCCCAGCUCUUUUCCUGCUGCCUCUGGGGCAGAAGGGGAGCGAUUCUGAACUCUCAGCGCUGGGGAAUUUGAACCAGUCCACUCCCCUGAACUUUCAUGGCCUGAGAGAGGGUGCACAGACAGAUCUGACCUGGACCACCAUUUUGAACUGUGGUCUACCAGGGCUGGACUUGCCAUUAGGCACAAUGAGGCAGCGGAUUCAGGCAGUUAAGAAGCAGCAGCAAAAUGUUAGAGGA